AUGCCAUUCUAUACACCACGACCAGUUAACAGCACAAUGAUAAGAUGUGCAUCUACGAUAAGUUUAAAUUCUUGGCCAUCGGAUCAAAACUCUAAUGAAUGGAAUCUGAGUAGUCGUAGUUGUGAACCAACGUUUAGUUUUCGGUAUGUAGUGAUUUAAUCGAGAACAUUUGUUCAUGUUUGCUCUUACAGGAACCCCACAUAUUCCUGUAACCAAUUAAUAUCGAAUUCUGAAAAUAAUUGUCCACAGGAGUGUGAUAAUUAUACAGCUGAGGAAUUUAAAAGGACAAUAACUGAGACACCGGGUGACAUUGUACCACCAUUAGAUUUACAAUCGGAAGAGAAUUAUCCAACAGCCAGUGAUGAUAUGACCUAUUCAGUUAAAAUACAUCGACAACCAGAAUUGGCUUAUGAAACGUGGUUAUCAGCAAAAAGAAAACUUCAUUCCAUUGAGGCUGCCCGUCGCCGGGAAGAAGCAGAACGAAAACGACAGGAAUUGGAAGAACGUAAACGUAUAUCAAAAGAAAAAUAUGAAAAAUGGCUAGAAAAUAAAAGCAAACAACAAAAGCAACAACAACAACUCCAAACAUCUAUUUCGAAUACUUCCGAAAAAUCGUUACGUUCAAACAUAAACAAUGGUCAAGAUAAAACUCAUUUAGAUGAAUGGGAGCGAACGAAACGUUUACAGGAAGAACGUCGCCGUAUACGAAAACAACAAGAAGAACAGAAGCGUAGGGAACUGGAAGAACAACGUCGUAAAGCAGCCGCAGAAGCAUGGGAGAAAUGGUUAGCGGAUGCUGCCAAGAAACCAAAGCCCGUACCAUUGAAUCGUGGCAUAUUUACAUUACGUGGAACAAUUUCAGAUAUAUUUGUAAAUCCCAAUGAAUGGAAAACUGUAGUGCCAACAAAUGGUGAUGGUAUGGAUUAG